UCUACUUUUACUUCAUAAUUUUAUUGCCACAGCCUCAUAAUAACAUGUUGGACUUCACUUUGGUAUCCUAAUGGUAUAUCUUCGUUCCUUAUUUAUUUAUGUACCCAAUAAGUAGGUACUAUUAUCCGCCUACACUCACUUGGGGGCCUCCGGAACGCCUCUCUACAGCCACUCUCAGGCAAAAGUUUGUGUAACUAUUGCGUAACUAGAGAAGGUUAUAGAUAUCUAGGUAGGUACCUAGGUAAGUAUGGAGUCUCAAAAGCCACCGGACUUACAAUUUUCAUAUACUACACUAGAAUUUACUAGGUAGUUUGGCGACAAUACGAGAAUCUCAUGUUGAAACUCCGAAAAGAAUCGUCAAGGAGCGCACCUAUGCCUAAGUUAGUCCUUUGAACUUUCGACAACUUAGCCUUGGACGCCGUCUCGAAUAUGGACACCUCUGGUUCUAAUGUCCUUAGUGAUGACCUCUGCGAGCGAUGUCGCAAUAUAUGCUUUCGGUCACUAUUUCAUGGGUCAGGGGAACACGACGACUAUUUUACCAAGGAAACCAAGCUUGGUACUCUACAAGAAAUAUGGUCCGAGACAUCCUGUCUCUUUUGCCAACUCGUGAAAUAUACGCUAGAGAACCAUUUCAAGAAAAAUUCUGUCGAAGUGGUGUUGCUUAAAGAAGCUGCUACCGCCAUUUUUAUGUACUGGGGACCUUUGGACGAAGCCCAUGAUGACCUUAAGAUAUCGACUCGUGAUAUCCCCUACUACAUUGAUUUCGGCGUCUAUAGCCUUGAGAGAUCGACUAAAACUGAUGGUUCAACGAUCUAUAGUAACCCACAAGUGAUUGCACUGAGGGAUAGCGAUCGGAUGGAAUCGAAUCCGUCUAUACACUUUGGAAGAACUGUCAACUCUGGCAAGGUUGAUUGGUCUAUGAUUAACGAUUGGCUAGUAUCGUGUUCAUCUACGCAUAUUGUUAACAGACCAGCCAACUCGAACCAUAACUCUCCACACCAGGAAGAUCAAUCGAAGUUACGUGUCAUCGACGUGUCUAAAGCUUGUAUCGUUACACUUCCUCCUAAGGCACGAUACAUCGCUCUAAGCUACGUAUGGGGUAAAGAUCAAGCACUGAAGUUGAAGAAGAAUAACGAGACAUCAUUAUCUACAGCCGGAUGUUUUGAUAGAAAGGAAUUUCACCCAUCGCGAACAAUCAUAGACGCAAUACAGGUCGUUCGGCACUUGGGGUAUCUCUACCUCUGGGUUGACGCUCUGUGUAUAGUACAGGAUGAUUCUGAAAACAAACAGGCUAAUAUAGAGCGGAUGGGCCAAAUUUAUAACGAAGCUCUUCUAACUAUUGUCGCAGCAGCGGGAACCCAUGCAGAUCAUGGAUUACCUGGCGUAUCUCCCGAAUGUCAACGAUCUCCGAGACAGAAGACGGUUACCAUUCAAGGAAUUACUAUGGCUAAUCGAUUCUAUUCUAAUAUAAACUCUACCUAUUGGAAUAAAAGGGGCUGGACUUACCAGGAACGCAUUUUGUCCCCGAGAAUCUUGGCCUUCACCCCGUCUCAUAUCACUUAUAACUGCGAUGAAGGAUGCGAUCAUGACGAACAAUUCUACGCGGCCUACGACGGUGCACGCUUCACACCAUUCUACAAUGCUUCCAAAUUGGACUUUGAGAGCAAUAACAUCUUCGACGUCUAUGCUUUCGCCGUGAGUGAAUAUACCAAACGAUCUAUCAACGAUCCGAUGGACAAAAUCAAAGCCUUCAAAGGAGCACUAGAAUUACUGCAGAAGCCAUUCAAGGGCCCUUUUUUCUUUGGUCUCCCCGUAUCCAUGUUUGACGUCGGGCUGCUUUGGAUACCAGUAGGCCCAUGCAGUCGUGGGAAUACGAGUUUCCCAAGUUGGUCCUGGGCGGGUUGGGAGGGAGCCGUGGCGUACGACUACAUCGAGGCGGACACUCUUACCAAUCUCUGCGAAUGUACCGUUAGUCAAUGCAGCAUCAAGACUAGCGACACUGACAUUGAUCUAUGUUACUCGUCUAUGCCUAGAACCCACGAUGACACAUUGAUAAAAGACCAGAAUUGGACACGACAUUUUGAUCUCGAGACGUGCGAAAUCUACUAUCGGGCUUCGGAAGAGGAACUUCAGUCAUAUCGAUAUCCACGUCCGCUUUCUGCCAUAGGACGAGAGGCUAGCCAUCAUUUAUCAAAGGACCUCGGCCAGAUCUUGCAAAUUCGAGGGCGGGUUGCUAAAUUUCAUCUUACUAGACAGCAUUCCGGGGCUUCCAGUAUCGCUUCAAGUUGUCGUUCGGGACAUAAUGGCCAGUGCAACUUAGCUAUACUAGAUAGUAAGAAUCGGACCGUAGGGAGGGUUCUCAUCGAUGCACGCACUCUACCCGAACUUCAGAAUCGAGAACAUAGGUUCUUGGCACUCUCUCGGUCAACCCUUUAUAGCAACGAUGAAGACAUUAGCUGGGAGGAGGAUUCAAAGACCUUUCGGUCCUGGGUAGGCGCACCGGCGUCCGACGAAGAUGGACUCCACAAAGUAGAGUAUGAGGAAUAUCACCGCCCAUUUGCGCGACGGAUUGCGGACUCCUCAUCGGAAAUAGGCGAUGGCGAUUCAGUGCUUCCAGAGCCAGCCGCAAAGAUGGAUAGGGCAAGCAUCUUUCGGAAGGAUUAUAAUGGACCACAGGAGAACAGGGGCCCCUUCGAUGCAAGAUACUUUAGUAACAAAGUCUUCUGGCCUCUAUUCAAUGUCCUCUUAUUAUCGGAAGAAAAGAAUGGUGUGGUUGAAAGAUGCGGCAUUGGCCAGAUACAUGUCGAUGCAUUUCGUGCGAAUGAUAAAGAAGAAAAGGUCCUCUUAGGAUGAUAAAAUAGCUGACAUUGGGAUUUUUUGGCGAAUUAUAGAGGGGUUGGUUCCAGGUCAUGUGUACCUAGACACUGGACACAAGCUACCACUGCGGCUCGUACACGGUGCUGGUUGAAAAACAUGAUCUUAUAUCCCGACAGCAGCUAUAGCUGUCGUCGCGGUGGAUAAAUAGGCAUUGACCAAUAACGAGACACGAUCAUACUAACAUAACAUUCGAC